CCACACCCCCUCUACAUUCGUCUCCUCUACCGGCUUCGAGGGGACGGCAGUCUGUGCUGGGUCUCUGUGUCUUUCUCGUCACCUUCCACUUUUCUUUCCAUCCAUUUGGCCUUCAUAUAGACUCCUGCAGGGAUGGCGGAGCUGGAGGGCUUGGAGUUCGGAAAGUCAGACUUUGUGCUUCUAGACGAGGUGACCAUGGAGCAGUUUAUGGAGAACUUGAAGUUAAGGUUUGAGAAAGGCCGUAUCUACACUUUCAUUGGAGAAGUAGUGGUGUCAGUCAAUCCGUACAAACAUUUGGAUAUCUAUGGGAAGGAGGUCAUUGAGAACUACAGGGGAAGGGAACUCUAUGAGAAUCCACCUCACUUGUUUGCUGUCGCAGAUGCCGCUUAUAAAGCCAUGAAGAGACGAGCCAAAGACACAUGCAUCGUCAUUUCAGGUGAGAGUGGGGCAGGAAAGACUGAGGCAAGCAAGUACAUUAUGCAGUACAUUGCAGCAAUCACUAACCCCAGCCAGAGGGCAGAGGUCGAGAGUGUGAAGAACGUGCUUCUGAAAUCCAACUGUGUGUUAGAGGCCUUUGGGAAUGCUAAGACCAACCGGAAUGAUAACUCCAGCCGCUUCGGAAAAUACAUGGAUAUCAAUUUCAACUUCAACGGAGACCCCACAGGAGGACACAUCAACAACUACCUGCUGGAGAAGUCUAGAGUUGCCCAACAGCAGGAUGGAGAGAGAAAUUUCCAUUCAUUUUAUCAGGUGUUACGGGGAGGAUCUGAUGAACUGCUGAAGUCUUUGUAUCUGCAGAGAGAUCCAGCAGAAUAUGCCUACACCAGUCAAGGAGCCGCAGUUACACUUGCAUCUAAUAAUGACUCCUUAUGUCACAAAGCUGUGAUGGCAGCACUGAAAGUGAUAGGCUUCACUACCGAAGAGAUCAACUCCAUCUACAAGAUCCUCAGUACCAUCCUACACCUGGGUAACCUUCAGUUUACGAGUGAUGGUGAGCAUGUCAUAAUUGUUGGUGAAGAUACAGUGAAGCACAUUUCUGAGCUGACGUCCACAGAGCCUGAGAAUACCAGAAAAGCACUUCUGUACCGCACAGUGGCUACUGGGGGUGGAGAGGUCAUUGAAAAGGGACACAACGAGCAGGAAGCUAGCUAUGGAAGAGACGCUUUUGCCAAGGCUUUAUAUGAGAGAUUAUUUGCAUGGAUAGUGGGUCGUAUUAAUAGCGUGAUUGAAGUGAAGGACUACAACCCUGUUCUGCAUGGCAAAAACACUGUUAUAGGUGUGCUGGACAUUUACGGCUUUGAGAUCUUUGACAACAACAGCUUUGAGCAGUUUUGCAUUAACUACUGCAACGAGAAGCUACAGCAGCUCUUCAUUGAGCUUAUUCUACGGCAGGAGCAGGAAGAGUACCAGAGAGAGGGUAUCACGUGGCAACAUAUCGAAUACUUUAACAAUCAGAUCAUAGUGGAUUUAGUGGAGCAGCCUCAUAAGGGCAUCAUCUCCGUCCUGGAUGAAGCCUGUCUCACUGCAGGGAAAGUCACAGACACCGUCUGCCUGGACAGCAUGAACAAAAAGCUGGGCCAGCACCCUCACUACACCUCCCGGAAACUCUGUCCCGCCGAUAAGACCAUGGAGUUCAAUCGAGAUUUCCGUAUCCGACACUACGCGGGAGAUGUGACGUACUCAGUUGAGGGCUUUCUUGAUAAGAACAAGGACCCUCUUUUCCAGGAUUUCAAGCGACUGAUGUACAACAGUUCUGACCACGUCCUCAAAGAAAUGUGGCCUGAUGGGAAAAUGAGUAUUACAGAGGUGACCAAACGGCCUCUAACUGCAGCUACGCUCUUCAAAAACUCUAUUAUAGCUCUAGUGGACAAACUGGCCUGUAAGGAGCCAUACUAUGUGCGGUGUAUAAAGCCAAAUGAGAUCAAGUCCCCCCUGCAGUUUGAUGAUGGUCGGUGCAAGCACCAAGUGGCGUACCUGGGACUGCUGGAGAAUGUGCGUGUGCGUCGAGCUGGAUUUGCCUACAGACAGCCGUAUGCACGCUUUCUGCAGAGAUACAAGAUGACCUGUGAAUACACCUGGCCUAAUCACCUGAUGAGCUCUGACCAGGAGGCUGUGGAGGCCAUCGUGAACCAGCACGGCUUUGAGGACGAUGUAGCGUACGGCCACACCAAGCUCUUCGUGAGAACACCUCGCACACUCUUUACACUGGAGCAAGAGAGAGCCGCACUCAUCCCCAUUCUAGUGCUCUUCUUACAGAAGGUUUGGAGAGGUGCAUUAGCACGUAUGCGAUGUAGGAAAAUAAAGGCUAUAUUUACCAUAAUGGCAUAUUAUAAGUGCUAUAAGGUGAAGGCUCACUUCUGGGAAGUGGAGAGACGGUUUGCCAACGUUCGAAACAUGGCCGACUACGGGAAGAGUGUGGAGUGGCCGACACCGCCUGCAGCCCUGGUGCAGUUCCACAGAAUCACACAACACCUUCACCGCCGAUGGUGGGCCCGGCAGCUGAUUAAAAACAUCCCCCCGUCUGACAUGGGGGAGGUGAGGGCAAAAGCAGCUGCUCUGUCAGCUCUGAGCGGGGAGAGAGUGGACUGGGGCUAUAGCCGUGCCUGGGAGAGAGACUACUUGGCCAAUGCAAAAGACUCUCCUCUGACGAGCAGCAACUUUGUGCGCAUCACUAAAGAGCUGAAGAACAAAGACCAGUACGGCCAGGUCCUCUUUUCAUGCUCUGUCAGGAUGCUCAACUGGUUCAACAACACAAAGGACAGAGCUCUGCUCAUCACCGACAAGCAUAUCUACAGGAUGGAGCCCAAAAAACACUUUAAAGUGCAAAAACGAAUACCACUCGAUUCAGUGGUUGGUGUGAGCGUAACAAGUGGCAGUGACCAGAUGGUGGCGCUACAUACUGCCUCUCAGGAUGACUUUCUAGUGCACCUACAAAGGGGUCAACUCAACCCAAAUCAGGACCGUGUAGGGGAGCUGGUGGGCAGCCUUACAGACCACUUUACACGAGUGAAGAACACUCCACUGCCGGUCAAAGUGUGCUCUACAGCGUUCCAGGUACACAUGAGCGGGAAACCUAAGAGCAUCACCGUCGAGACCAAACCCGGCCAGACCGCUGCAGACUUCAAGAAGAGUCGAACCGGAUUCACCUUACUGCUGCCCCAUCAGUAAAACCAAGGCUUCUGACUUAAAACAGUAUUCAGCCAUUCAGAGAUGGGACCAAAAGAGAUUUUUCUUCAUGCAGAAUUGUCUGUACAUAAGUCGGACCAAAUUUCAGAUUUUCCCAAUCUUAAGCAAUGCACUUUGUUGUUAUUAAAGAGUGUGUUGAAGUGAUGAAGUGUUUCUGUAGGCCAACCAGAACUUCCCAGAUUUCUUCAUUGGCUUUUAGAUUAUUGCUGAAAAUUAGCACUUUGUUCAUCAUGAUUAAACACCGCUUUGGAUUCUGAAGCCUAAAUACAAUCGCCAGAAGAUGAAAAUAAACGUAGGCUAUAAAUGAAUUCAAUGUUAUCCAUAACUCUUUAAAUAUUUAUAAAAAAAAAUAAUAAUUCCCUAAAGUUUGAGUUAGAAUAGUUUGUAAGAGUGCAGUAAGGAGGCUGUGAAAGUGACCAAUCAGUGGACGAGUUUAUCUGUUGUCCCAUUUUUGAACGCUUGUUGGCAACUGCCUUUUUCAAGACUAGUAAAAGCUUUACUGAUGUAUUUUAUGCUGUGCAAUAAAACCACAGACCAUAUUUCAAGCAUUUAACCAAAAACCCGUGGAACUGGAAGAGCUAAAAUACAAGAAACUUACAGGUUUUGGCCUACAAAAAUCUCAUCUCUGCAGCACUCUGUAGUAGUUAUUGUUAGUGUGCUUGAAAAGACGAUAGGCAGCAUAAAUGAUUGUGCUGAUCCGCUGUUAUUCUGCCAUCCCUCCUCUAGUUUUAAUUUUGCACUUGAAAUAGCCCAUGUGUUGUGUCAUGUCUUUUGAAUUUUGGGGGAUCAUGUAAUAAUGCUAUUUUAUUAUUUAUGAGGGAAUGUUCUGUUGAUAUGGUCUUUGCACUUUUUUAUAAAAUAAGUAGUCUAUUUUUAUGUUCUUUAUGAUUGUAUUUUUUUCUCAGUGUGUACAUAUGAACUGUGGAGAUGUAACCAAGAGUAUUUCCAUGUGUUUGUGCCGUCACUGGGCCGGUACUUUAAAAGAAAAGAUACUAAUAUCUACUUUUAAAGUACUUUUACAAUAUGUACUAAUAUGUACCUUUAAGGAGGUACAAAAAUGUACCUUUUAGCUUUUGUACCUUUUUUGUACCACCCAAGUGACAACUUUUGUACCUCUUUUCUGAGAGUACAGGAAUAUUUAACCAAGAUCUCGGUUAACCUCGGGUUACACCUAACAAUACUGAUACUGCUCUGUAAUAGUAAUAUAUAAACUGAGGAGUUAUUUUAAUGCUUACUAAUAUCUGUCAGAUGUAUUUAAAAACAGCGGCUAAACUGUAUUCAGAUCAUAUGAGGACCUUUUGAU